CCGCCCCGCCCGCCGGUCCCCGCCGGUCCCCGUUGGUCUGUCGCGGUCCGGCACGGGUGCGGUCGUUCGUUCCGGAGCGCUCCUCUGUCCCGACGCGCACGCCCCUCCCGCUCCGCCACCUCCCGCCCCGCGGUGCGAGCGAGAGAGAGGCACAUGCCGAGACGUCGGCCGGCCGGCACCCCGCACCAUGGCUCGCUUCAAGGCCAUGGCGACGUCGCGGUGCGCCCCGAUGGCCGUCGUCGGCGUGCUCCUGCUCGUAGGAGUCGCGCUGGCCCAGGACGCCGUGGCGCCCAGUGCGGCCAACGCGUCCGCGAUCCCGCCGCCGGCGCCCGCCGGCGCCUCUGCCGAGGGCCGCAUUGACGUGUCGAGCCAGAAGCUGCGCUGCCUGUACCUGCCGGGCGUCAAGUCCUCGCCGGACGCCCCGCCGCCCACGUACAUCGACGCGUCCAACAACCUGCUGACGGACGUGGGCGACAACGCGCUCACGGGCUUCUUCCUGCUGCGGUACCUCAACCUGAGCAGCAACCUGCUGCACGAGUGGGGCCGGGUGCCGUUCCGGGACCUGCGCUCGCUGCAGCUGCUCGACGUGUCGCGCAACCAGCUGCGCAACGUGGACCGCGUCGUGCUCGAGCCCCUGCAGGCGCUGCGCCGCCUCAACCUGAGCGGUAACCGGAUCCAGUACCUAGACGGGGCCGCCUUCCCGCGCCUCGAGCGCCUCCACGACCUGGACCUCACGCGUAACGACAUGGAGGUUAUUGCCGACGACGCGUUCGCGCGGCUGGGCGCGCUGCAGCGGCUGGACCUUCGCUGGAACCGCCUGUCCACGCUGGGCGAGCGCACGCUGCGCGGGCUCACCGCCGUCCAGAGCGUGCUCCUGGGCGGCAACCUCAUCUCCGAGGCCGUGCCCGGCGCGCUGCAGGGCCUAAACUCGCUCAGCGAGAUCUCGCUCGCCGACAACGGGCAGGUGGUGGACCUGGUGCUAGUGGGCAACCGGCUGCAGCGCGUCGACCUGAGCCGCAUCGGGCUGAGCGCCAUGCCGGCCGCACUCACGCGCUCGGUGCGCGCGCUCGUGCUCCCGGGCAACAACGUGCGCAUCAUCAGCUGCGGCGACCUCGACAGCUUCCCGCUGCUGCAGGCGCUCGAGCUGAGCGGCAACGGGCUGGCGCUGGUCGAGGACGACGCGCUCGGCCGGCUCGAGCAGCUCGAGAUGCUUGUGCUCAAGAACAACUCGCUCAUGAUGAUCCCGCCCAGCCUGCCCGAGAGCCUCGUCACCCUGCAGCUGCAGCACAACCAGAUCCGACACAUCGGCGCUAACGACCUGCGCGGUCUGCGGCGCCUGGAGCGCCUCGACCUGAGCCACAACCAGGUGCACCACAUACACGACGGCGCCUUCCGCUUCCUGGAGAGCCUCCAGGAGCUGGACCUGUCGGGCAACAAGCUGCAGGAGCUUCGAGCCGCUGCGCUGGCCGGUCCCGUCGGCCUGCGUGUGCUCGGCCUGGCGCACCUCACAGAGAUCACGGCGCCGGCCAAGUGGCUGCCCUUCCCCAUCGAGCGGCCCGAGCGGCUGCAGAGCCUCGACCUGGAUCAGAGCCCCCAGCUGGCGAGGCAGCUGCUCGCCGACACGGCCGCCCUCAUGGCCAUGCCCCACCUGAACCAGCUGCGCCUCGCCUCGGACGAGCUGCACCACCUGCGGCCCGACCUGCCCCGCCUGCUUGCCCACCUGACGCACCUGCGCCUGGCCGACAACCCAUGGCACUGCGCCGGCCUGCGCUGGCUGCCCCGCUGGCUGCAGGUGCUGGACGCCGCGUCCGCCACCAACGCCACCUGUCGGCAACCGGCGGAGCUCGCGGGACUGAUGCUGCGCAACCUGACGGCCGCGCACUUCAACAGCUCGCAGCUCGAGGACGGCGACGAGGAGGACCCGCCGCCGCCCCUCGCCCUGCCGCUGGCCGGGCCGGCGCCCGACGAGGAGGUCUCCAUCCCCAUCAACGAGUACAAGCGCAUCAUGAUCGAGCUCAACAAGACGCUGGCGCGCGAGGCCGCGGCGGCCGCGGCCGCGUCCUCCACGCCGGUGCCCGGUCUGGCGAGCCCAACCGCCCAGCCCACGGGCCUGCCCGUCAACGCAGUCAACCUCACGUCACCUGUGGAGACCACCGACGCGCCGCUACCGCCACCUGUAGCGGCCGCCUUGUCCGCAGCCAUAAACGUUCCAGUUGCUGCGACGUCAACCGCUGCCCCAUCGACCGAAGAAAAGACUCUCGGCCCGACCCAAGAUCCAACCCUAAAGCCAGGUCCGGAUCAAACCUCGGCAACCCCUUCAGGGUCAACUAUUGGGUCCACGGUGUCCACACCUGCUCCAGCAUCUACCGUGCAAUCACAAGCGACUGGUACGACUGGGCCCGUCUCCACUAUCUCAGCGAGUACGACAACCUCUGCCCCACCAACAUCCAGUACAUCGAGGCCAUCGACGCAAGGCACGCCUACGACGAGAGGAGUCCCCAUCGCUCCCCAGGCACUCGUCGGGACCGCUCAGCCCCGAAGCAGCGUAAGCGCGUCCACGCCGACCCCCACCCUGGGCACCAGCACGAUCAGCGCCUCGCUGCCGAACGCAACCUCCGCAAAGCCGGCUGCAGGAGACAAACCCGUCGCCGAAGAGCAGGUUGCCGACAAGCAGACGGUCACGGGGGCACCUACCGUCGUGCCCACAGGUGGGUCACCCACCACCCAGUCCAAUUCAGGGGCACCCACCAUCACGCCCACGACGGGGACACCUUCCAUCAGACCCUCCUCAGAGGCACCAACCACCAUGCCCACCACGGGCGCACCCACUACUGGGCCCACAACUGGAGCGCCCACCACAGGGACACCGUCCAGCACUUCCCCCAGCACGCCCCCCAGCACGCCCCCCAGCGGCGCCCCCCACAGCACGCCCAGCGGCGAGCAGUUAAAGCGGCACGUCGUCGAGCUCCAGAAGGACGGCGGGCGGGGCGCGCUGGUGGCGCUGCGCCACGCCGGCCAGCCGGCCGAGGAGCCGGCGCGCCACGACACGCACACCUCCUCCGUGGUGGCCAUGUUCGCCGUGGCCCUGUGCUGCUCGGUGGCCAUGCUGCUCGCCUUCGCCAUCACCAGGAACUCGCGCCACCGCCGGCAGCAGCUGCUGCGGCUCCACAGCAUGGAGGACCUGGUGCUGCGGGGCCGGGGGCCAGACUGCGCGCACCACCGCGGCGGCAGCCUCGAGCACUGCGGCCCGCACUGCGGCACCGCAGCCGGGCCCGAGCUGUGGUGACCCCUGCUGGCCACGCUGGCGGGGGGCGGCUGCAGCGCGAGCACCAGGGCCAGGAGGCGGCAGGAGGGCGACGAGGCCGGCUGGCCGGUCCACGGCGGCCCCGGCCUCGCUGGCCUGAGCGAGAGUGACCUGAGUGAGAGUGAAAGUGCCUUCUUCAAGUCCUUGGAGGACGGCUGAAUGAUCGUGCCACUGUGUGAGUGAAUGAGUGAGCGUGCGUGUGUGUGUGUCCUUGGCAGUGCUGAGUGAAGUCCAACCUUAGUGAGGACCGAGAGGCGUAUCUGGAGGUGAGCAAGAUGUAAUUCGCAGGCGUGUUUUGCGACACAUUCUGCACCACGGCUACCUUGUUUUGUGACAAGUUUGUAAGGUGUCAAAGGUGCCUCCGACUCAUUGCUUUCGUGCUGUUCUCUUCAAUAAGGAAUGUAGGGCAGUCAAAGUCACUCGACAAACUUUCGAACAAAUCGCGAGAGAAUUGCUGAAACAUUCAAGGCCAGGCUAAAGCUGGCGCGCCGGCCGGAGGCACUUUUGACAUCAUGGCCACUUCUUAAUGGGACAAUAUAAGGAGUAUUAUUAAAAUGGUGCAGAUCGACAAGACUGUUGUGUACUGGAAGCAGCCACCCUUAACUUCUUGCGAACAAAAUUGGAGGCGUUCGCCAAAUUAUUUCACGGGUGCUUUUUUUUUUAAAUAACUGUCAUGACACUUCCAUCAUGUCAUUGGCCAAACGUGAGAAAAUUCUAUUCGCAACGAGUUAAGAGUGUAUUUAAACGAAUAAUUACGAGACAAGGGCGAGGCGAGACUUGAAUUAAAAUGGAGCCCAUUCCUAUUCGUGGGAACGGGUGGACGGCGCGGUCCUCGAGAGCAAAAGAACCACCAUUACGACUAGUCCGCUAUAUUGGCUUGAGAUGGCAAAGCAGCACACAGACGGCUAAAUAACAUUUUCGUCCUGUAAAAGUUGCCCCACUGCCCUAAAGAACACAGACGACGCAAAUUCGGAAUGAGACAGAGAGAGAAAACUAACGCAAAGAUAAAGAUACACAGCGCGCAAGUCGAGACGAAUAGCAAACUUGGAAGAAAACACGAUAAAGGGAGCGAGAAAGCCAGAGCAGCGUAGCAGGACAGUCGGGCCUGGGGGUGGGAGAUACAGAGGGGAGAGGAUAGAAAGGGGGAGGAGGGGGCGACUCCAUCCGCCUGCGGGGGGCGGCCGAGGCGCCCCGAUAUCGUCUGCCUCCGUACUCCGUGCCGCCAGGGCAUAGGAUCCACAGCAAACUCGCAUUUUGUUUGCGGGAUACAUAUCUACCGGUAAAUAUUUGUACUGCUGCUACUGCUCCCUAUGGAUGUGCUCGCGGGGGGCAAAGUCAUAACCUCACUUCUCACUCGAUAACGGACGGGGCGGUAGAAAAGGCCAAAGCUCGCGAAACAACCUGACUGGUACGACGGAGCAGAGUAGUACUUAAAGAGUGAGGCGUCGGGAUCGUAGAAAGAAAA